GGAAUGGAUAUAGCCGGCGCUGUGUCCCCGACGGCCAAGGAGGAUCCUUACCAGUUGGACCUCAGCCAAUUCCAAACUGAUUUCAACAUCAACACCGUGAGUAUGUUCGUGGCCAUCAAGGAGGCGCUGGCCUCAUUCGCAGCGCUCCCUGAGACGGCCGCACGUACGUUCAUUUAUACUGGCAACGCCAUGAACUUCGCGUCCUUUCCUGGAAUUAUGACCUUGGGGGCUGGAAAGAGUGCCUCAGCGCACCUUAUUUCUGCUGCCGCAGCGGCCUAUGCGCCUAGAGGAUUCAAAUCCUAUUAUGCCGAUGAGCGACAGGCCGAUGGAAAGCUUGCUGGAAGGGGUAUCAGUGGUGAAGCGCAUGCUAGGCUCUACAAGACCCUUUCCGAAGAGAAGACUCAGGGGCCCUGGUUACAAACCUUUGUGAAUGGGAAGGGCUACGUAUACUUCGCACCGGAUACCCAGGUUACUUUAUAAGGGCGUUGAUCAAACUUCAAGGCUACCAAAUCUUCAAUUCUCUCGACGUGAAUAUCUCUCAGCGGGUACAUGUACGCCCAGGAGAAAUUAAAUGAAGAUAA